AAUUCGUACUAGUAUUGCAAAUUGAACUGUUUUCAUAUAUGUAAUGGGUUGCUGUUGAAACGUGUUUGUGUCUCGUCCGCUUUGUCGUUUUCACGGCAACCAAUUAGAGGUUCGCGAGCAACGGCCGCUUUUGUUAUUUCUCAGUCUCACAUCGUCUUUCAAUGUUGACGAAAGCAGUGCGUGUUGUUUUAACUAUUGAAAAAAUAUAAUUUCCGACACUUCCGCAUCUUGUUGAUGAAAGAUAAGAUAAGAAUAUGGAGGAGACAUAUCUUUACGAUCCAAAUGUGCUGUUGAAACUUGACUUUCACCGCAGCCCCGCCAAGUUUCAACCCUUUAUCUCAGCAGCAAGUCCCGGAGAGACAUGGCUAAAAGUGCGUCCUUUGAAGGAUACGGACUUUGAUCGUGGCUUCCUUCAGCUGCUAUCUCAGCUCACGACCGUUGGCAACGUGUCACGCACGCAGUUUUUGACGCGUUUCUCGCAAAUGAAAGCUAGUGGGGAUUAUUUUGUCACCGUCAUUGAGGAUACGCGCAAGAAUGAGAUUAUAGGCGCAGCUUCGCUUGUAAUCGAACGGAAGUUUAUCCACAAUUGCUCUGUGCGUGGCCGUUUGGAGGAUGUGGUCGUUAAUGAUACAUAUCGCGGAAAGCAGUUGGGCAAGCUAAUUGUGGUAACAGUGUCACUGCUGGCUGAGCAUUUGGGCUGCUACAAAAUGUCCCUAGACUGCAAGGAUAAGCUGAUUAAAUUCUAUAAGUCCUUAGGCUACGUGCUUUUGCCUGGCAAUUCCAACUCAAUGACCAUACGUUACGACGAGACGCCCAAUCUCAAGCGUAACACUACAGCCUUAGGCGUCAACACAGGCGGUGAUGCGUGCCAAACUGUGAGCCUUCAUUUACCCUCUUGACAAUUAGCCGCCAACGCUGCACCAAAAUCCAAGCUUUAAGUGUACUCGCAUUUAUGGCAAUAAUUGCGCGAAGCGCAAUGCUACAAUUCAAUGCCCAGAAACCAAUAUUCAUAAACAGUAAGGCAAAAUUUCAUUGCGCUUGGUGCAUGGUUUUUUGGACAGCGCUGGCAGGCGGUGGUGUCAUUGUAGUGCUCACCUCAAGGACAUACUAUUAGUAAUACAUAUGUAUUUGCAUGUAGUCAACACAAAUGCAGUUUGUGCUAUUUUUAUUUACUAAAUUUUUUUACUUUCUCUUUUUUGCUUCUGCUCGAUGGGCGCACUAAAAGGUAGUAGUUAUAUUACCCUUUAAGAGCACCUUCAUUAAGUAGCCUUAACGUGCAGCUUUGUGCAUAAUCAUACCAAUUGGAAUAAAUACAAAUAUUUUACAAU